AUGCAGACGCCUAACUCUCCUUUAUUUCCUGCUCAGAAGUUGACGUUAUCACCUAGCGCUGUAAGCUUGGGUGGAUUAGCUGGAGCAUCAUCUGGAGUUGGCGGUUCAACCUUGAUACCACAGUUACCUGAUAAGCCACUUACAGAAACGACGUCUAUGCAAAUGUAUGUGAUACCGGCAGAGAAGAACUUGUUUAUGCAAGGAUUUGAACCUGAAGAAUAUGAAGGUAGACCGCCGACGCUAUUGAGAGGUUGUUUGUUCUUGCGGGUAUUUAAACCGUCAAAAAUUAGAUCGGUAACUCUAACGUUUAAAGGACAACAAAGGACAGAUUGGCCAGAAGGUAUACCACCAAAGAAAACAUCAUAUGUGGAAGUAAAUGAUAUCUUGUCCCAUACAUGGCCAUUCUAUCAACUGGGAAAUCCUCUUCACAGUGCUAAUGGAGGGGCUGAUUUCUUUCAAGAAUUACUGAAGGAAAACUCAUCUGAAAUAGAAACUUUAACGCUUAACCCAUCAAUAUCAAGGUCUAACUCUCCUGCCCCCGACAGUGGACGUGGUAACUUUUUCACUAGAAAUUUAUCUCCGGCAACUAUUAUGAAAAGAGCCACAUCCCCUUCUUUGACAGUCAACGAAUCGUUUUCGAACCUCACAUCUGUAUUGUCUACCGAGACUGAUCCUAAUAAGCCAGGAUUAUUUGCACCUGGUGACUAUAUCUAUAACUUUGAGCAUCCGUUACACCCAUCUAUACCCGAAACUUGUUCUGUUACAUUUGGGGAAGUAUUUUAUUAUAUUGAAGCAUCAGUUGUUAGAGCUGGAACCUUUAAACUGAACUUGACAGGAAAAUUACCUAUUAAUAUAAUUAGAACACCCUCAGAAUCGAAUAUGGAAGAAAAUGAACCAAUAAUUAUAACUAGGGAUUGGGAAGACCAAUUAAGAUACGAUAUUGUUAUAGGGAGAAAAUCCAUUGUUUUGGACUCGUAUUUGCCUUUGGCGUUUAGAUUCGUGCCUCUAUGGGGAAAGGUUGCUUUACACAGAAUAAGAGUUUAUUUGUCUGAAAAUUUGGAAUAUUAUUGCCAGAACAAAAAGGUUCACAGGCUUGAACCUCCCAAAAAAUAUCUUUUGCUAGAGCAUAAGGCAAAGAAAGGAAAAUCAUUACUAUCUAAAAACCUGGGUCAGGGUGAAGAAGGAGACGAAGAAGAUGAAGAUGAUGAGAUAUUACCAAAGGAAUUGGAAUUUCAAUUAUUUGUUCCAAAAGUCCUCAAUGGUAGAAUCAAACAUGAAAUACAUCCUGAUACAUCGUAUGAAAAUAUCCAAGCUCAUCAUUGGAUAAAAAUUUGUUUGAGACUUUCUAGAACAGAUCCAGAAGAUUCCUCAAAGAGAAAACAUUAUGAAAUUCUGAUUGAUUCGCCAAUUCAUAUAUUGUCAUCAUUAGCUGCACAUCUGAAUACAUUAUUACCAGCCUACGAUGAACAUCUUGCCUUAAGCUCAGCUUAUAAUUUUCAACACCAUGGCACUCCACCAUUAUCUCCUGAAGUUAUACCUAUUGAUAAUACUAUCGGUAGUGAUAGAAAUAUAACGACAAAGGGUGCUGAAAACAGUGUUUCAUUAGAUGCGAUGAUAGAAAGCCCACAUGUGGAUUUUGAACACAUUACUACCCACGACGGCAAUUUAGACUUUUCAGACGCAGAUAUGCAUUUAGAGGCCAACUUAUACCUGCCACCAGAUGAUAAUAGGCCAGAAAUGGCAUCUCCACAGGCCUUACCACACCUGGGUACUUUUAGUUCGCCGCUUCAAAUUUUGAAGUAA